AUGCACACGCCGGUCCCAAGCCGGACCGGCCUUUUUUUCACCCUGCUUUCCGCGGUACUACCUGCAGCGGAUGCAGCAUCAGCGGCAGUGCUGGGAGUUUUAUCGCUGCCCGGGGUGAAGCACAUCGUGGCUGUGGCGUCCGCGAAAGGCGGCGUCGGCAAGUCCACCACUGCCGUGAACCUGGCGGUAGCCCUUUCACGCCACAUGCGCCUGCAGGUGGGACUGCUAGACGCGGACGUGUUCGGCCCCUCACUGCCCAAGCUACUCGGCCUGGCCACAGCCGGGCGCCCCCAGCUCGCAUCCCCCUCCCCCAACGCGCGCAUGCUGCCACUGCAGGCGCACGGCGUGCUCUGCAUGUCCAUGGGCUUCCUCAUGCCUGCUGACGUGGCGGCCGUGUGGCGCGGGCCCAUGGUGAUGGCGGCGGUGGAGAAGCUUGUAAGGGGGACGGAGUGGGGGCGGCUGGACGUGCUCGUGGUGGACAUGCCGCCCGGCACGGGGGACGUGCAGCUCAGCAUGAGCCAGCGCGUGCGGCUGUCAGGGGCGGUGGUGGUGUCGACACCACAGGACCUUGCACUGAUGGAUGCACGGAGGGGAGUGACCAUGUUCCGACAAGUCAACGUGCCGGUGCUGGGAGUGGUGGAGAACAUGAGUUACUUCACCUGCCCGGCCUGCUCGCACCGCGCCACCAUCUUCGGCCAUGGAGGAGCCAGGCAGGCUGCCGCUGACUUGGGAAUUGAGUUCCUCGCAGAGGUGCCUCUCCUGCCGUCCAUCCGCAGUCGCUCAGACAGCGGCCUCCCCGUUGCUCUCGGCGCAUCUGCUGCUGCUGCAAGCGGGAGAGGUGGGGCGACAGAAGGUGCGGCAGCCGUAGGCAGGGCAGCAGAGGGUGGGGGAGCCGCAGAGGAGGGGGCAGACACUGGGAGUGGUGGGGCAGAGGUGGCAGAAGGUGGGGGAGCAGCAGAGGAGGGGGCAGAUGCAGGGAGUGGUGGGGCAGAGGCGGCAGUGGUGGCGACAUAUGAGAGUAUGGCGAGGAGGGUGUGGGAGAAACUGGAGGAGCAGUCACAGGCGGGUGGAGCUGCCUCAUUUUCUGCGCGCAUGGCGGCUCCGCGCGUGUAUUGGGCGACGCACGGGCGGCCGGCGUACUUCCGGCCGUCGCUCGGCCUCCCCGCGUUCCGCGACGUCGUCGAUGCGUUCGGUCUCUUCGACGGCUCCAUCACCCCGGGGGGAGUGGUGUCCUGCCCGUGCUACGGAUGCCAGCAGUGGAAGGACUUCACUGCUGGCAGGCUGAGCUGGCCUGCCACGUGGCAGGCAGCCACUGGAGCAGACAACAAAGGGCGCGGGGAGAAUGAGGAGCAGCAGGAAGAGCAGCGCGGCGGUUACGCAGUGGCGGUGAAGGCAGCGGCGGGAGUGGGAGUGGGAGUGGGAGGUGCAUGGCAGCGUGGUGAGCCGGGCAUGGCAGCAAGGGUGCACUACGAGGUGCUCACACAGGACAUGCUGCUCGCCCUCGCUGCUUACAUCCAGGAGCGUGCAGGGCACUACAGGCGCACGUGUGGACUUGCCUCCCUCACCGUGCUGGAGGUGAGGCGCAUUCGACGGGGUGAGGGAACAUUUGGGGAGGUGGGGGCAGGCGAUGGGCUGCUGGCCUGCAAGCUGCGGCAGUGCUUGCGGGAGUGGGGCGCAGAGGAGGAGGGCACAGAAGGGGACGGUGCAGAAGGGGAGGGCGCAGAUCGGGGGGUAGAGGAGGGUGCGGUGAGGGAGGAAGGGGAACAACAGGGAGAAGAGCAGCACCAGAGAAACGAGGGCAAGGAGGGUGAAGAGGGGGGUGAACGAAUGGUUGAGAAGCAGCCUUCUGAAGUGGUAAACGGGAAUCUGGGAAGGCAGGAUGGCAGGCGGAGUGACAGGGAGGGGGAGGCUGGCGGUGAGUGGGUGAGGUUGGAGGGGCUGUGGACGAGAGUGAUCGCCACUGAUGCCAUGCCUCGUAGACUGCCUGGCGGUGAUGCUGCCACGUGCAGCCUCGUUGGUGCCGACAGUGCUGGUUCGAGGGAGGGCAGUGGUGCUCCGAGGGAAAAGUCUGCUCGUGUGGUCGCCACUGAUGCCAUGCCUCGUAGGCUGCCUGGCGGUUGUGCUGCCACUUGCAGCCUUGUUGGUGCCGAUAGUGGUGCUACGAGGGAGGGCAGUGGUGCUUCAAGGGGAGAGUCUGCUCGUGUGGAGGCAGGGGAUGAAGUGAUAGCGUGUGAUGCGGAAGAAGCAAUUGCGGAAUACAAGCCCCACAUUGUGAUCGCAUGCUGGAUGCCGCUGGGAGUGGACUGGACGGCAGCCAUGAGGCGGCAGGCGUCAGUGAGGGAGUAUAUCCUCGUGGGGGAGAAGGAGGGCGGCAUCUGCGGUCAUCACCUGCUGACGUGGCGCUUCCCUGGCCUGCUGACGUGGCGACGGGGUUGCAGGCUGAAGCGGAUUGGACGGACGAGCGGUGGAGCUGCACCCGCCACUCGUUCACUGUCGCGUUCAGACGAUGCACUAUGGAAAGAUGAAGAGGUGUUGCAGCGUACUGCAAGUGCAGUGAGGUGUAAAGGGGGGUUUAGGGUGCACAAUGCACAUCACUGA